UGUGGAGGAAGAAGGAGCAAAGGGAGCAGGAGCAAGGUCAGCAAACUGAGUUUGAGCAGUUCAGAGACCCUUCAGGGAGUUCCCGUUACCUCGUGGGUCCGUGCAUGUUUUGGUUCAUUGGAUUUUCCGUCCAGAAAAGGAUUUUUCAAAGUUUGUUGGAAACCCUGAACAUCAAUCAUGUCAGAGUUGAGUGGCAAGGUCCAGACCGUCCUGGGUCUGCUGGAUCCAGACCAGCUGGGCCGCACUAUGACCCACGAGCACCUGACCAUGAGCUUCGAGUGCUGCUACUUCCCUCCUCCUCCGGGCGACGAGGCCGUGGCCGAGAACCCGUUCCAGAUGCAGCACAUGCACUGGCUGAGACAGAACCCCUACAGCUGCCACGAGAACCUGCUGCUGCUGCAGGAGACCGCCGCCGUGCGGGACGAGCUGCUGGCCUACAGGAAGGCCGGCGGGGGAACCAUAGUGGAGAACACCACCAUGGGCAUUGACCGGGACCUGCCCACCCUCAAGCAGCUGGCCAAGGACACUGGGGUCCACGUUGUGGCAGGAGCAGGGUACUAUGUGGACUGCACCCACACCGAGGCCACCAAGAAAAUGAGUGUGGAGAAGCUCACGGACAUCAUCGUCAGCGAGGUGCUUCACGGCGCAGACGGCACAGACAUCCGCUGUGGUGUGAUCGGAGAGAUCGGCACCGGCUGGCCAAUCACAGAGAGCGAGACGAAGGUGCUGAGGGCCACAGCUCACGCUCAGGCGCAGCUCGGCUGCCCCGUCAUCAUCCAUCCCGGGAGGAAUCCUGCCGCCCCGGCUGAAGUCGUCCGGAUUCUUCAGGAGGCCGGCGGUGACAUCAGCAAAACUGUCAUGUCACACCUGGACAGGACUAUAUUUGACGAUGGUGAACUGCUUGAGUUUGCGAAGCUGGGCAGUUAUCUGGAGUAUGAUCUGUUUGGGACGGAGAUGCUGAACUACCCAUAUAACCUGGAGGUGGACAUGCCAAGUGACAGUCAGAGAGUGAAGACCUUGGCCUUCCUGGUGAAGGAGGGCUACGAGGACAUGAUAGUGGUCGCACACGAUAUUCACACCAAGAACCGUCUCACCAAGUACGGCGGCCACGGCUACUCUCACAUCCUGAAGAACAUCGUGCCGAAGAUGCUGAUGAGGGGCAUCUCGCAGCACCAGGUGGAUAAGAUCCUCAUCGACAACCCGAAACGCUGGCUGACCUUCAAAUAAAGCAAGAAAAGAGACCCAAGGAAGGCAUUUUGAUGUACCCAUUAUUUUAUCUUCAGAUGAUGACUCAAAUACCCCACAAUGAAUACUUUGAUAUAUUUGCAAUAGUCACAGUCCAGACUCAUUUAUAAAUGUGCUUUUGGAUCCUCAAACCAAAGAGCUUUUUUCUUUUUUUGUCUUUAACAUCAAUGUUCUUAUAUUUGUCAGCAUAGCAAAAUGUUUUGUAGCUUCGUCUUUCCAAUGGAAAAAAAUUACAAUAGUGGUUCUUAUAGACGCCCCAUAUUAAUUAAAUUUCACUUUUUAAGCUGAUUACAUAAUGGAAAAUGUAAGAUCACAGUGUCUGUAAUAUGCAGUCAUGUUUUGGUCCCAUUUAAGUCACAAAAAUAGCUGAAUGUCAGAGAAAUAUUGUCCACAGCGGUGCUCAAUAAAGUGGUGCUAAUUGAUUUUUCA